CGUGAUGAAUAGUCUCUGCACGCCGACGUCAUCCCAACAAACUCUUUCAGAUUUGUAGUUUUCAACAAAAGGGUCCUCGGUACUCGGACGCGUGUGUAGUUUAUAGGCUAUUUUUGAAGAUUUUUUUAUGAAGAUUAUUUCCCCUCGAAGAUUUCACGCGGAAAUGUUAACUCAUAAGAAGUGAUUCCGGUUCAAUGGGAAGCUUUUGAGCUGCUCUCUCGAAAGUGACCAUUGUUGUAAUCAGGCCGAGGCUGUUGUUAUUUCUACUUGCUGACCUUAGUUAAACACAGCUUUACAACAGUAAGAGGGUCAAGUAUUGUAAGUGUGAUGAAAGAAAUGUCAAGCAACAUGCCAGGUGGGCAGCAGCCUCAGAAACACUACGGCAUCACGUCGGCAAUUAGUCUUGCUCCCCCAGGAGACAUGGACCACCAGUACACCAAAAAGCUAUGUGACGCUAUGAAGCCUUUUGGAGUGUUUGAAGAUGAAGAAGAGUUGAACCACAGACUUGCGGUUCUGGGAAAAUUGAAUAACUUCGUUAAAGAAUGGAUCGCAGAGAUCAGUGAAUUGAAGAACCUUCCACCAUCAGCAAUAAGUUGUGUCGGGGGAAAGAUAUUUACAUUUGGUUCAUAUCGUCUUGGAGUCCAUACAAAAGGAGCUGAUAUUGAUGCCCUAUGUGUGGCACCUCGUCAUGUGGAGAGGACAGACUUUUUUCAGUCGUUCUUUGAAAAAUUGAAACAUCAUGAAGAAAUUAAAGACCUGAGGGCUGUCGAGGAUGCCUUUGUUCCUGUAAUAAAAUUCAAAUUUGACGGGAUAGAGAUUGACCUGCUUUUUGCCAGACUGGCAUUACAAUCUAUUCCAGACAACCUGGACCUACGAGGAGAUUCCAUCCUGCGAAAUUUGGACAUUCGUUGCAUUCGAAGUCUUAAUGGUUGUCGGGUGACUGAUGAAAUACUGUACUUGGUGCCAAAUAAAGAAAACUUCAGGCUGACAUUGAGAGCCAUCAAACUUUGGGCAAAACGUCGUGGGAUUUAUUCCAACAUGCUGGGGUUUCUGGGUGGAGUGUCAUGGGCCAUGCUGGUAGCCAGGACUUGCCAGCUCUACCCUAAUGCUGUUGCUGCCACCCUUGUCUACAAGUUCUUCUUGGUGUUCUCCAAAUGGGAAUGGCCAAAUCCUGUGCUUUUGAAACAACCCGAGGACAGUAAUCUGAAUCUACCUGUAUGGGAUCCUCGAGUGAACCCUUCUGACAGAUAUCACCUGAUGCCCAUCAUCACACCUGCCUACCCUCAGCAAAACUCUACUUACAACGUCUCCAUAUCAACACGGACCAUUAUGAGCGAGGAGUUUGAAUAUGGUCUCAGUGUCACAGAUGAGAUUCUUCAGGGCAAAGCUGAAUGGCCAAAGCUUUUUGAGCCACCCAAUUUUUUCCAGAAAUACAAGCAUUACAUUGUUUUGACAGCCAGUGCCUCCACAGAAGAAAAUCAUUUAGAAUGGAUUGGACUUGUUGAGUCAAAGAUUCGUGUUUUGGUGGGAAAUCUUGAGAGGAAUGAGUACAUUACCCUCGCACAUGUCAAUCCCCAAUCCUUUCCCGGGUCCAAAGAGAACCGAAAUGAGAAUGAUUUUGUCUCCAUGUGGUUCAUUGGGAUCAUUUUCAAAAAGGUGGAGAAUGCGGAGAGUGUGAAUAUCGAUCUUACAUUUGAUAUCCAGUCCUUCACAGACACCGUAUAUAGACAAGCCAACAACAUUAACAUGCUGAAAGAUGGGAUGAAGAUUGAAGCAACACAUGUGAAGAAGAAGCAGCUUCAUCAGUACCUUCCUGCUGAAUUGGUACAGAAAAAGAAGAGAAGCAUAGCAGAGUUAAACCGCAGCUCCAAUGGAGGGAGCUCCAAGCGAAUUUCUCUGGACAGCAGUCACCUGGACAGUUCAAGAGAUACCGACUCAGGCACCCCCCUAAACUCCCCCACCAGCAAACCCUCCAAGCCCACAGACGACACAGAAGAUGGUGUCAGUCCCCCUACACAACUUUUUUUGGAGGUCUCCCCUGCAUCCAGUUCAGCACCAACUGUUAAAGAGCUGGCGAAAGCUCCACCUGCAAGUAGCUCUGUCUCUUCAACGCUAUGUGGGAAUAUGACUCCCAAUGCAGCAAGCAGCCCUAAAGAGGAGCCUGAGAGCCAGGAAGACUCUGUCAAUGGAGCUGUCAAGAGACCUCACUCGCCUACACAAGAAGACAAUGCCAAAAGGCCAAAAGAAACAGAGGUGGCACCCACUGAUAAACCUACGUUCAAAGAGCCACUUCCACCAUCAUCAGAGACUCAUCGAGAGAAAUCAAACAUUACUCCUCUAGCUGAAUCAAAGGCUAAGCCCAUUCCGACCAUUGAUACUCCAAGAACGCAGAGGCUUCCAAGCAUGGAGCUGCCCGACGCUUCCUCACCUCUGCCGGCCAGCAACAGCUGUCGUGUUGUCAAAAAUUCCAUAAAACUUGCUCUUAAUCGCCACAACGUCACACCUCCUAAGCCCCCAGUGUUUGAGGCUACCCUUACCACUGAGGCACCUCCUGACAGUCAAGAAAGGGGCAUGUCCAUUCCUGUUAUUGGCUCGAAACAAGUUGCAUCCAAGCACUCGACGCACCCGGUUGUCAGCUCUAUCCCCACAUUAGUUAGCCGAGGAGCAGACCCUCUCAACGGAGCAGCCUCUAAGAGACCUCACUCUCCCUCCAUGGAAGAGCAGUCAAAGAGGCUGAAAGAAACAGAGAAGGCCAGAACCCACAUAGCGUGAACUCCCAUAUCGAGUCCGGAUUCAUAAAUGCACAGAGGUGGGGCUUUGUAGUCAGGUCUAACACAGAAGUUCACAAGUUCUGGUCGCGCAGUUUGGGCUGUCGCGCAGGAGGACGGACACUUCACCUCAGAUCUCCAGAGGUUACAGAUAUACCAGUAAGUAAAUAGGUGAUAUGGGCAGAGCUGCUGAUGUCAUGGAGACAUUUGUAGCUUGAAUACAUUUUAUACAAUGCUUACAGAUCUCAGACAGGAAGUAAAGUAGACUUUUUUUUUUUUUUUUUUUACCAACUUACUCCCCAUUUCCCUUUUUCCAUUUCCUUCGAGUUGACAUGUUUUAAAAAAUACAUUACCCCAAUAUUUUCUUCACCUUGGUUACACAUGUCUGAUGUAUGCUGAUUUGUUUUUCUCUUUAUCUCUCGUCCUAAACAGAAUUUUGUACAGCAAAUGUUAAUGUACAUAAGGUCUUUGUCUUAAGAAAACAAACAAAGCUCACUGUCAAAUCAUUUGAUCUUCUAUCAUAGUUUUAUCUAAAAAUGAAAAACAAUGUGUAAAAAAUGUUUUUUAUUAUUAUUUUCCUUAUUUGUCCUAAAUAGUUAGAUAAAGCAGCAAGCCUUCGUUAAAAGAUUUGCAUGGAUUUGACAGAAAUUAUUUCUUCGGACCAUCUCAACCACUGAAAAGGAUUCCAGCUUUAUGUCCGUCUUAAGUGUGUAACUAACAAAAACGGGCCCAGCUGCAGCGCUUUUUUGGUGCUUGUUGGAGCUGAUUAAUAAUGCUUGAGAAAGUGAGAUUUCUGGAGUGAUUACAUGAAUCAGUUAUUGGUGUGGCUUGUUCCUAAUGAUGGGGGGAAAAAACGCAACAGUCAUUUGCUGUAGACUGAAUCAAAACAAGUUACGUUUUGCUUUUUUAUGCUCUACUUCAGUCUAAACAAAAUCGUUCUAAAGCUUACCUGUAGUCAACAGGUCAGCCAUAUUGGCACUGAGGGCUAAACAUUCACUACCAACCCUUGUGUGGAGCCUACAGUUGACUUUCCUACUCGUAAAGCAACGUGUGUGCAGUGCUCGAGGAAAAAUGGUUCAAAGCUUUGCGAUUCCAUGUGUUUAUUUUUGUGCUUGAAUGUGUGGUUAUGUUUUUGAAAGUGUCAAAAUUCCCUUCAUUUUGGGUAUUAACCCUCUGCACCUCCUGUGGAGGUUCUUAAAAGGCAUUUCCUGGGCCACAAGGUAGAGGGCAUCCGGAAACUCUUCCCCCCAAAAGGCCCUCAUCAAUCCAACAUUAAUUCAUCGGAAGCUGGGCGAUGUCAGCACAAAAGAUGAUGUAUACAUCGUGUGCUGCUGCAUUACAAACCAUAAAGGCGCCUUCUUCCUCAUAGCUGGUACUGUUAAGACAGACAAGCUCUUUUUCCAUUUUCCCCACAAAAAAUGUACAGACAUUUUUUUCCCCACCACCAAAAAGCAUAUUAUUCAUUAUUGGGGGUAUUCUUAUCACUUAAUUUAUAUUUGUACCAUUUGAUCUUUUUUUAAUAGCAUUCACUUUAGGUAGGUCUUUUUGGAACACAACUCUGUUUUACUGUUCAGAAACAUUUAACAAAAGGUCGUUUUGAUGUUUGUUUCUAAAAAUGUAUUGAAAGGGUAUUUUUGUAUGUGUUAUCACUUCCUUUAAAUGAAUCUGUACAACCAUUAAAUCCCAGAAAACUA